CGUCACUGAAGCCUUUUUUCAGGAAGAACAAACAACCAGAUUGAGGCAUAAGCACGGAUACCUAUUAGUGUCAUCGCCUGCCGCUUCAAGCGAGAGAAAUUCAUGAAAAAGGUUUAUAGCUCAGGUUCGGACGUCACUAGGGAACCACUGCUUGGGGCAAAAACCAGUAAGUGCGCAUGCGUGGAACAUUCGAUCACUGGUGGCGUAGCUAGCUGCUAGGCUACGAAUCCAGCCACCAUGGAGAGGAAAGUUCUGGCACUCCAGGCGAGGAAGAAGAGGGUCAAGGCGAAAAAGACCAACAAAAAACAGCCACCAAAUGUUCGAUCUCGACAGCCACCACAACAAGAGACCUCGCCCCAGGAGCCGGAGGAACCGGAGGAGAUUCUGGGCUCAGACGACGAGGAGCAGGAAGACCCCAACGACUACUGCAAAGGUGGCUACCAUCAUGUAAAAGUAGGAGACCUUUACAAUGGGAAAUACCAUGUCAUCCGUAAACUAGGAUGGGGACAUUUCUCAACUGUGUGGCUUGCCUGGGACAUCCAGGUUAAAAGAUUUGUUGCGAUGAAAGUUGUGAAGAGCGCAGAGCACUACACUGAGACGGCAGUGGAUGAGAUCAAACUCCUUCGAUCUGUGAGAAACUCGGACCCCGACGACCCAAAGCGUGAAAUGGUGGUCCAGCUGCUCGACGACUUCAAGAUCUCUGGUGUCAACGGGACUCAUGUCUGUAUGGUGUUUGAGGUGUUGGGACAUCACUUGUUAAAAUGGAUUAUAAAGUCAAAUUACCAAGGGCUGCCCCUGCCUUGUGUGAAGAGCAUCAUUAAGCAGGUUCUGCAAGGUUUGGACUACCUGCACACAAAGUGUCAGAUUAUCCACACGGAUAUAAAACCAGAGAAUAUUCUGAUGAGCGUUGAUGAGCCGUACGUCCGAAAGCUUGCAGCUGAAGCUACAGAAUGGCAGCGAGCCGGAGCGCCUCCCCCCUCCGGCUCAGCAAUAAGCACAGCACCAGCCCCGAAACAGACUGUGAAAAUGUCCAAGAACAAAAAGAAGAAGUUAAAAAAGAAACAGAAGCGUCAGGCAGAGCUACUGGAAAAAUGCAUUAUGGACAUGGAGGAGAUGGAGAAGACCACAGAGACACGCGAGGAUGACGAGGAAGACAAAGAGCCGCAGUCUCCCAAGGGACGAGCCUGCGCUCCUCUCAGACACGUCUCUAUUGAGGAGUUCAGAAGUGACGAACCAGCUGAGAUUCCAGAUAACAUGAGAGUGGGACCAGACAAGCCGCCAGAGGCCAACUGCAACGGCCACGCAGAGGUGGAGGAGAGGCAGUCCAGCUGUUCAAAUGCAGACCAACACAACGGGAACGCCGAGUCUCCGGAGGAGCUACAUAAAGAGUCCCCAGUCCACUCGCUGUGCAACGGUGUGGAGUCUACAGAUUUCAGUGAGCUGUACUGCGAGAUGGACGGCAGGGAGGCUCACAGCAGUGGAGUCAGUCAGAGACGCCUUCGCUCAGGACGAGACGGAGAGUUUGAACAAAGUAUUCUGCAAGAUGACGAUGAACAGGACGAGACUGAGGGUCAUUACAGAAUCCAGGAAGGCCUGAGAAACGACAAGUUAACAGCGGGAUCCCUUUUAGUUAACCCUCUUGAGCCAGGCAAUGCAGAGAAGAUCAAGGUCAAGAUUGCAGACCUGGGAAAUGCUUGCUGGGUGCAUAAGCACUUUACAGAAGACAUCCAGACUCGACAGUACCGAUCUUUAGAGGUUCUCAUCGGUGCAGGAUACAGCACACCGGCUGACAUAUGGAGCACAGCCUGCAUGGCCUUUGAGCUGGUCACUGGUGAUUAUCUGUUUGAACCUCAUUCUGGUGAAGAUUAUUCCAGGGAUGAAGACCACAUAGCGCUGAUCAUUGAGCUGCUGGGGAGUGUCCCACGCAAACUCAUAAUGACCGGCAAAUAUUCCAAGGAUUUUUUCACCAAGAAAGGUGAGUUGAAACACAUCACCAAGCUGAAGCCGUGGGGUUUGCUGGAGGUCCUGGUGGAGAAAUACGAGUGGCCCCGCGAGGAAGCGGAGUGUUUCUCCGACUUCCUACUUCCCAUGCUGGAGCUGGUUCCAGAGAAAAGAGCCACGGCUGCAGAAUGCUUGCGCCACGCCUGGCUCGCCCUCUAGUGGACAUGUUCAGGCGUUGCACCUCCCCACCCCUCCCUCUCACUUCCUUAAGAGACUGCAACAGAUCACUUUCCACUUUGGGCAUAUCAAAUGAAUAUUUAUUUAUCUCUUUUUUUUGUUUGUUUGUUUUAUUGUUUUGGAUUUCUUAUGUUCUUGUUCAGCUUUUGCUUCUGUGUACGUUUGCUUUGUGUUUGUCCGUUCUCCUCUCGGCGUGACGUCAGGAAUCCAGUGGAUUUAUUAUUUGAUGUCGGCUCCAGCUGCUGGGCUCCGUUUUACCCACCAAACCAAGAGCAAAAGUCUCAUUGUUCUGCUAGUGAAAGCAUCCUUGUUUGUUACACUCCUGCACUAAAACUCAAACAAGUCAAGGAUAUGUAGCCGUUUUGUUUUUUUCUUUUCUUUGUUCCCUCUAAAGGACUUACUUUCGCUUACAUUUUCAUUAGUGCUGUGUUACUUUUUAUAAAAAUGAUUUUUUUUUUCUUCCCCCCCCUUCUAUCUCUCUGGGGGUAUACAGUUUGUAUUUGUAAAGUAGGUUGAGAAAGUUGCACACUGGGCUGACAUUUACACUGACUGGCAUAAUUUUUAAGACUCCCUAGAGUCUUUCUGACACUGUCAUUAAGUAGGUCAUAUUUAGCCAUAACAAACCUAAUGUCACCUGGUAUUUGGAAAGUAUGUAAUAAAAAAAAAAAAAGAGAUUGAUUGUUCUCAUGGGAGGCUGGUAUUCUCAUACACCUAUUACAAUUCAGGUUUAGGGGGGUCAAAGGUUUCAGUGAGAGAAAAUGUUAAAGCCCAAUUAAAUGGAGGAGGAAAAAAAAAGAAAAUAAACUGUAUAUAUCUGUACCAAAGAGUUUGCCUUUAUGUAUAUUACAGUUAUGUACAGUUUUUAACAAAUCUUAUAUCUUAGCUAAAACGAUUUAGCUGGGUAGCUGUGUUUUAAUAAAGUGUAUGGAAGAUGUGUUUGAGCUCGGUUGUAUGUAUGGCCAAGUGUUGAGUAAUAAUUUACCUGUUUUUAAAUAUAGAGUCGGUGAGAUCUGAUGUUUUGUGAUGGUGUAGCGAACCGAUCAUAUCGAAGUAAGCUAUGUUAUCUGCUGAGACCUAAAGGUAAAAAACGUACAAUUUACAUUAGCGUCACAUUCAAAAACAUAGACUUUGUGUGAGUUGUUUAAAGACGAACCUGUAAAACACACCAUUCAAUUAAAGAACAGAUCUUCAUGCAGUACGGAA